AUGGCGUCUCCUGCCGCAAGACUCACAUUCCGCCUACUGCUGGCGGCCGCCGUUGUUCUAAUACUGUUCUUUGUCGGUCGGCCGCUCUACUGGAAAAUCUCCGCCACCAUUCACGACAUCCGCCACAACAAACAAACCGUAUCAGGAGGGAUUUCUCAAAUCGUGCAAGAAGCCCAGAGAUCAGUCGGUUGGUUCCACGAUGUGUCGGACUCCGGACUGAAGGAGUCGCAGAAAAUCACUUCUACAAGGAGGAUACUUCAGGAUCAG